AUGCCACGCGCACCCCUCCGGCGUCGCCAGCUCAACCGAAAUGGGCCGACUCCGCGCAGUCCGCGCUUCAAGAAGAUCCCUAGCAGCAGUCCCGCCAAGGCAGAACUAGCGAAGAAACUUGCGCAUAAACCCAUUGGCGUUCGGCCGACCGAUAGCGACGACAGCGAUAGGCUCGUUGUCAAAGGCAAUGGGAGGAGAGGGAGGAAUGUCGCAAGCCAAGAAAUUUACGCUUCGGGCGCCGUGGGAAAGGGUGACAAGCCAGGCAAUUAUCCCACAAGGGCGCAAAGGAGGAAGAGUCUGACGGAUGCGACAAGGGAGAUUCUCGGGAAUGGAGCGAAGGAUGUGCGGAAGGGGAAAGAGUUGGUGGCAGCGAACGGUGGCAGAUCACGUACUCAUGUUCAAGAGAAGCCAGUUGAGAAAUCCCCUCAGAUGAACGGAAUCAUAAAGAAACCCACGGCCGCAAAGAAAGAUGCACCGCUUCCUGCAACUGUUGCAUCUUCAGUUGUGAUACCGCUUGGAUCUGCUCUAAGGCCAGUACAACCGACACCGACGCGGGAGAAUUCGAUUCUUGGGACGCUGAAGCCCAGACGACGGCAGCCUAGUAUUCUGCAAAAUAUUGACCAGGACUCCUCGAGCUUCGAUGUUGAAGACGAAGAGCAAUUCUUACCCGACGAUGAAUCUACUCCCUUCAAUCCAUCCAAUCCUCAACGCCCAAUCUCGACUUCAGACCCUCUGUCGCCCUUGCUCUCAUCCUCGUCACGGAAACGGAAGUUUGGUGCCUCGGAUCCGCUUGUUCCGAAAGAAAGUGAGAGACACCGGAUCCCAACCACCUCGCCACUAUCCUCUGCUCCACGGUCUCGAAAUACCCCUGAACCCUCGCUUCCUGCAAUCCCGGUGUCUACCUUGCGUCAAUCAGGGCGAAAACAGCGCGAAGGCCUCCGUGACGCAGACGAUAUCAUGGCACCUCCCGAAAGCAGUUCCUCAGCAUCAUCAUCUCCGGCCAAGACGAAAACUCCUGCAUCAACGGCCAAGUCGAAGACGCAAGCUACGAAGCCGGCCGCCACGAUCACGACGAAACAGCUACUCGAAGCCGCCAUGCCGUCGAAACGCCGCAAGGCCAUCCGAGAAAAGACACGAAAUCGGAAUGAUUUCGAUAUACCUGCAGAGUCAGACUCCGCAGCAACAGACGAAGGGGACGAGUCGAAUUUCCUGCCCACCAGAAAUGGUGGCAAGAGCAGGCGGAAAGAGCCACUCUCCAAGCCAAGCGGCGCGUGGACAAGGACAAAGGCUAAACCUAAGUCUGGCAAAGCUGCUGGCACUGCCAAACAAAAGCAAGUAGCCUCAAAAACAACAGCGUUCUACUACAAGCGUGUUGCUCAAUACAAAUGGAAAGCUCAGCACACGCACGUCGAAGCCAUAUGGUGGUUCCCACCCGCCCGGGCAAGGGCGUGGUACCACGGCGCACGGAGGAGACAAAGAGAAUCACGUCUCACGAGAGCCAGACUCAAGUGA